GGGAGGCGGAGGGGAAAGUUUGUUUAUUUUGUUUUUAGUUUCUGGGGUCCCCGCGCUUCUGGAAGGUGAAGCGGGAGGGAGUGACCCCCGUACCCCUCGGUCUCCCUAAGACGUCGCCUCCAUAGCCUGCGGAGAAGCGGAGACCGCGCGCAUCGCCUCGCCUCACAGCGGAACGCCGCGCACUGGGAGCCGGUACGGCUCGGCGGAUUUUGGUUUUUUGUACUGAAUGUAACCUAGACUCAUCUUCACGGGCUCGUGUUGCCCCAGGAUACUGUCAAAGGCAGUAUUUGUGAGUUUCUGCAAAGUUUUGCACAGUCUGUUCCCAUGCAAACCAAUGAGGGAGAAGUAUCGGAAGAAAGCAGUUCCAAGGUGGAACAGGAGGAUUUUGUAAUGGAAGGGCAUGGCAAGACUCCACCUCCUGGUGAAGAAAGCAAACAAGAGAAGGAGCAGGAAAGGGAAGAACAGUUAAUGGAAGACAAGAAAAGGAAGAAAGAGGAUAAAAAGAAAAAAGAAGCCACUCAGAAGGUCACGGAACAAAAAACCAAAGUGCCCGAAGUGACGAAACCAAGUUUAAGCCAACCAACGGCCGCCAGCCCAAUUGGCAGCUCUCCAUCGCCACCAGUCAAUGGUGGCAACAAUGCCAAAAGGGUGGCAGUGCCGAACGGACAACCGCCAAGCGCCGCCCGCUACAUGCCUCGGGAGGUGCCGCCGCGAUUCCGUUGCCAGCAGGACCACAAAGUGUUACUGAAACGAGGGCAGCCCCCUCCACCGUCCUGCAUGCUCCUUGGGGGUGGGGCAGGGCCUCCUCCCUGCACAGCACCUGGAGCAAACCCAAACAACGCACAAGUGACAGGAGCGCUGCUGCAGAGUGAGAGUGGGACUGCACCAGAGUCAACCCUUGGAGGUGCUGCUGCUUCAAAUUAUGCAAAUUCCACUUGGGGCCCGGGAGCCUCCUCCAACAACGGCACCUCCCCCAAUCCAAUUCACAUCUGGGACAAAGUGAUUGUAGACGGGUCUGACAUGGAAGAGUGGCCUUGUAUUGCCAGCAAAGAUACUGAAUCUUCUUCCGAAAACACCACCGAUAACAACAGUGCCUCGAACCCUGGCUCUGAGAAGAGCACUCUGCCAGGAAGCACCACCACUAGUAACAAAGGAAAAGGGAGCCAGUGCCAGUCUGCAAGUUCUGGGAACGAAUGUAAUCUUGGGGUCUGGAAAUCUGACCCUAAGGCUAAAUCUGUUCAAUCUUCCAACUCUACUACAGAGAGCAACAAUGGACUAGGAAAUUGGAGGAAUGUGAGUAGUCAAGACAGAAUUGGACCUGGCUCUGGCUUCAGCAACUUUAACCCAAAUAGCAACCCAUCUGCCUGGCCAGCACUGGUCCAAGAAGGAACUGCUAGGAAAGGAGCAUUGGAAGCAGAUAAUAGUAAUUCCAGUGCACAGGUUAGCACAGUAGGUCAGACAUCCAGGGAACAGCAGUCAAAGAUGGAAAAUGCGGGUGUUAAUUUCGUUGUCUCUGGCAGAGAACAGGCUCAAAUUCAUAACACUGAUGGACCAAAAAAUGGAAACACUAACUCCUUGAACUUAAGUUCACCAAACCCCGUGGAGAAUAAGGGAAUGCCCUUUGGAAUGGGCUUGGGGAACACCUCCAGGAGCACUGAUGCCCCUUCACAAAGCACUGGAGAUCGAAAGACUGGGAGUGUUGGAUCUUGGGGUGCAGCUAGGGGGCCUUCUGGAACUGACACAGUCUCUGGACAAAGCAAUUCUGGAAACAAUGGGAACAAUGGAAAAGAGAGAGAGGACUCCUGGAAAGGAGCUUCUGUUCAGAAAUCAACUGGGUCAAAAAAUGACUCUUGGGACAACAAUAACAGGUCUACGGGUGGGUCCUGGAACUUUGGCCCUCAGGACUCUAAUGACAACAAGUGGGGUGAAGGGAACAAAAUGACAACUGGGGUCUCUCAGGGAGAAUGGAAACAGCCGACUGGGUCUGAUGAGUUGAAAAUUGGAGAAUGGAGUGGUCCAAACCAACCAAAUUCUAGCACUGGAGCAUGGGACAAUCAAAAGGGCCACCCCCUCCCUGAAAACCAAGGCAAUGCCCAGGCUCCCUGUUGGGGAAGAUCUUCCAGCUCCACAGGAAGUGAAGUUGGAGGUCAAAGCACUGGAAGCAACCACAAAGCAGGAAGUAGUGACAGUCAUAAUUCUGGCCGUCGGUCAUACAGGCCCACACACCCUGAUUGUCAGGCUGUCUUGCAGACUCUUUUGAGCCGAACUGAUUUGGACCCCAGGGUGCUCUCAAACACUGGCUGGGGCCAAACUCAAAUUAAGCAGGACACAGUGUGGGAUAUUGAAGAGGUGCCAAGGCCUGAGGGGAAAUCUGACAAAGGAACUGAGGGGUGGGAGAGCGCUGCCACACAGACCAAGAACUCAGGGGGCUGGGGAGAUGCACCCAGCCAAAGCAAUCAAAUGAAGUCUGGAUGGGGGGAGCUCUCAGCCUCUACGGAGUGGAAAGACCCUAAGAACACGGGAGGCUGGAAUGACUAUAAGAACAACAACUCUUCCAACUGGGGAGGAGGACGACCAGAUGAAAAGACAUCUUCCUCUUGGAAUGAGAAUCCCAGUAAGGAUCAGGGGUGGGGAGGUGGACGCCAGCCCAAUCAAGGAUGGACUUCUGGGAAGAAUGGUUGGGGAGAGGAAGUUGAUCAAGCAAAAACCAGCAAUUGGGAAAGUUCUGCAAGUAAACCUGUGUCUGCAUGGAGUGAAGGAGGACAGAAUGAAAUUGGAACUUGGGGUAAUGGUGGGAAUACAAGCCUAGCUUCAAAAGGUGGAUGGGAAGAUUGCAAAAGAUCCCCAGCAUGGAAUGAGACAGGCAGACAGCCCAAUUCCUGGAAUAAACAACACCAACAGCAGCAGCAGCCACAGCAGCCACAGCCACCACAACCAGAGGCUUCUGGUACCUGGGGAGGUCCGCCCCCACCACCUCCAGGCAACGUUCGACCUUCCAAUUCCAACUGGAGCAGCGGGCCACAGCCCACAACCCCUAAGGAUGAGGAACCCAGUGGUUGGGAAGAGCCAUCCCCACAGUCAAUUAGUCGGAAAAUGGACAUCGAUGAUGGCACUUCAGCAUGGGGAGACCCUAACAGUUACAACUACAAGAAUGUGAAUCUGUGGGAUAAGAAUUCCCAAGGGGGCCCAGCACCACGAGAACCAAACCUGCCCACCCCGAUGACCGGUAAAUCAGCAUCAGUCUGGAGCAAAAGCACACCACCUGCUCCAGAUAAUGGUACUUCAGCUUGGGGUGAGCCAAAUGAAAGCAGUCCUGGGUGGGGCGAAAUGGAUGAUACAGGAGCAUCGACCACAGGCUGGGGGAACGCACCCGCCAACGCUCCCAAUGCCAUGAAACCUAAUUCCAAAUCUAUGCAAGACGGCUGGGGGGAGAGUGACGGGCCAGUUACAGGAACUCGCCAUCCCAGCUGGGAAGAGGAGGAUGAUGGAGGAGUCUGGAACACCACUGGCUCUCAGGGAAGUGCUUCCUCCCACAACUCAGCAAGCUGGGGACAAGGAGGAAAGAAACAAAUGAAGUGCUCACUAAAAGGAGGAAACAGUGAUUCAUGGAUGAAUCCUCUUGCCAAACAGUUUUCAAAUAUGGGGUUGCUGAGUCAAACUGAAGAUAAUCCAAGCAGCAAAAUGGAUUUGUCUGUAGGAAGCCUUUCAGAUAAAAAAUUUGAUGUGGACAAGCGAGCAAUGAAUCUCGGGGAUUUUAAUGAUAUCAUGAGGAAGGAUCGAUCUGGGUUCCGUCCACCUAAUUCCAAAGACAUGGGAACCACAGAUAGUGGGCCUUAUUUUGAGAAGCUGACUUUGCCUUUCUCCAAUCAAGAUGGGUGCCUUGGGGAUGAGGCUCCCUGCUCUCCCUUCUCCCCUUCUCCCAGCUACAAGCUGUCUCCCUCUGGUUCCACACUACCCAACGUCAGCCUUGGAGCAAUCGGCACAGGGCUCAACCCCCAAAACUUCGCUGCUAGACAAGGUGGUAAUCAUGGUUUGUUUGGAAACAGCACAGCACAAUCGAGAGGUCUGCACACACCAGUGCAGCCACUGAAUUCUUCUCCUAGUCUCCGGGCGCAAGUGCCUCCCCAGUUUAUUUCCCCCCAGGUUUCUGCCUCAAUGCUCAAGCAGUUUCCCAACAGUGGCCUGAGUCCAGGUCUUUUCAACGUGGGGCCCCAGUUAUCGCCUCAACAAAUUGCCAUGCUGAGCCAGCUUCCGCAGAUUCCCCAGUUUCAGCUGGCAUGUCAGCUUCUCCUGCAGCAGCAGCAGCAGCAGCAGUUGUUACAGAACCAGAGAAAGAUUUCUCAAGCUGUGCGUCAACAGCAGGAGCAACAGCUGGCCCGAAUGGUGAGUGCACUCCAGCAGCAGCAACAGCAGCAACAGCAGCAGCAGAGGCAGCCUAGCAUGAAGCAUUCGCCGUCUCAUCCCGUUGGGCCCAAGCCACAUCUGGACAACAUGGUACCCAACGCGCUGAAUGUGGGGCUCCCAGACCUUCAAACCAAAGGGUCAAUACCUGGAUAUGGUUCUGGCUUCAGCUCUGGCGGCAUGGACUACAGCAUGGUCAGUGGGAAGGAGGCUGGGACUGAAUCUCGCUUUAAACAGUGGACGUCCAUGAUGGAGGGACUGCCCUCUGUAGCCACACAGGAAGCCAGUAUGCACAAAAAUGGCGCUAUAGUGGCCCCUGGUAAGACCCGGGGAGGGUCACCAUACAACCAGUUUGAUAUCAUCCAGGGCGACACACUGGGUGGCCACACGGGUCCUGCUGGUGAUAGCUGGUUACCUGCCAAAUCUCCACCAACAAAUAAAAUCGGAAGUAAAUCCAGCAAUGCCAGUUGGCCUCCAGAAUUCCAACCAGGAGUGCCAUGGAAAGGUAUCCAAAACAUUGACCCUGAAUCUGAUCCCUAUGUGACCCCAGGAAGUGUGCUGGGGGGCACAGCUACAUCUCCCAUUGUCGAUACUGACCACCAGCUGCUGCGGGAGAACACCACAGGGUCUAAUUCUUCCCUCAACACCUCGCUGCCUUCACCUGGUGCCUGGCCCUACAGUGCCUCUGACAACUCCUUUACCAACGUUCAUAGCACUUCAGCAAAGUUUCCUGAUUACAAAUCAACAUGGUCCCCAGAUCCCAUAGGACACAACCCCACUCAUCUCUCCAACAAGAUGUGGAAAAACCAUAUUUCCUCCAGGAACACUACACCGCUGCCCCGCCCACCUCCCGGUCUGACCAACCCCAAACCAUCAUCUCCCUGGAGCAGCACAGCACCCCGAUCAGUCAGGGGGUGGGGGACACAGGACUCACGGCUUGCCUCAGCCUCUACCUGGAGUGAUGGUGGUUCAGUUCGUCCUAGUUACUGGCUAGUUCUUCACAAUCUCACUCCACAGAUUGAUGGGUCAACCUUGAGAACGAUCUGCAUGCAGCAUGGCCCACUGCUGACAUUCCAUCUGAAUCUAACCCAGGGCACUGCCCUGAUCCGAUACAGCACCAAACAGGAGGCGGCCAAGGCCCAAACUGCACUGCACAUGUGUGUAUUGGGAAACACUACCAUCCUGGCUGAGUUUGCCACCGAUGAUGAAGUUAGCCGCUUUCUGGCACAAGCUCAGCCCCCUACACCUGCAGCAACCCCAAGCGCGCCGGCCGCAGGGUGGCAGUCACUGGAGACCGGCCAGAACCAGUCAGAUCCCGUCGGACCUGCUCUGAAUCUUUUUGGUGGGUCCACUGGGCUCGGGCAGUGGAGCAGCAGUGCUGGUGGCAGCAGCGGGGCCGAUCUUGCUGGCGCUUCGUUGUGGGGGCCCCCAAACUAUUCUUCUAGCUUGUGGGGAGUCCCAGCGGUGGAAGAUCCCCACAGGAUGGGCAGCCCUGCUCCUUUACUACCUGGUGACCUUCUGGGAGGAGGGUCGGAUUCAAUCUGAACUUAGAACUUUCAACUCUGACCUCGUGACCUUUUUUGGAACAGCAGCAGCACUAACUUGACCUUUUCGUUUUUUUUUUCAACUUGCAAUAAAUACAUUUUUAAAAGGAAAAAAGAAAACGGAGAGAGAAAAAAAGGUGGGUCAUUGACAGACUGAGCACAUAGUUGCCUCCCUUAUAACUUCAGUUUUUUCGUUUGGAAUAUGAAUCCAAAAAGAGAACAUAUCACUCUUGAAAUACUUGAAUCAUGAACGCCAACCUAGAAAGACAAUGUGAAGCAAGUACACAUACCAUUUAAAUUUAAACACAAAAAAAUUAAAAAAAUUAGUUUCUAGUUUUUCACUUUUUUCAUGUUAUAUGGAAGUUGUUGCUAAGAAACAUAUAUACUGAAAAAAUAGCUUUUUAACUUUGUUUGCACUGGGUGUGUUUCCGUCCUUAGGUCUACCAUGUUUGGGAGGGAGGGAAAUUCAAAAGAAUUGUUGGGGGAGGAGGGAGGGAAGACUUGACGGAGCCUCACUUUAAAAACAAAAACAUAAAAAACCUGAAAAAAAAAAAAAGGAAAAAAUUUGUGAUUGGCUGGUUGAUAAAUACCAGUGUGUUCUGGCACAUGUAACUGCCCAGGCAUGCUCGUUCUGGUGUGUGUGUGCACGUGUGUUCAUGUGCAUUCGCGUGCAUCCUUCUCUGUCUCUGUGUGUGUGCCUGUGUCCUGCCUCUCCUGCUCCCCCACCCUGGUUUCUCAGAAAGCUGCAUUGCUGACAGUCUGCAGGCUGGCUGGCCGGCCAUCUGCUUUUUAUUUUAAUUUUUUUUUUAACUAUGAGAACACACAAGUGCAGAGAGCCACUGCUGCUUAGAGCAACUCCGUUGGACUGCAUUAAGAUGAACAUUGUAAUUAGUGUAAGUGGCUGGGCGUGGUGUUAAGUGCCCGUCAUCUCAGCUACGUAGGAUGCUGAGGCAGGAAGAUCACUUGAGUCCAGGAGUUUGAGGUUGUAGUGAGCUAUAAUGACACCACUGCACUCCAGCCCAAGUUAACAGAUCAAGACCCUGUCACGACAACAACAGAAAAAAGAUGAACAGAGUGGCUUUUUAAUGAUGAAAGCCAGGAGCUCCUUCUCAUUUACAAAUUAGCCUGAAUGUGAGGUUUCUGUAGCUUAUCUUUUGACCUAACAGUAGAGUAGAGUACUGCCAAGUCCCAAAAAAACAGGAGAGCAGGAGGUACCUCUUAGAGCAACUGUGUGUUUAUUUCUGUUUCUUUAAAGUGAACAGCCAUGAUUCACAUCUGAAUAUCUUUCAUUAGUUUGAAUGGAAACAGAAGAUAAGUUUUUAAUUAUGUGAUGUCUCAAAAAUGUGAUCAGGUUUGAGAAAUUCAUCAAAAAAUUAGUUAAUGCUGAAUUGAAUAUUUCUGUUGGUUCUCUUUUUCAUUCUAUGAAAACAGAAACAAAAACAGUGGUAAGCAGCCUCCUGAAAGCACACGCAGCUACUCCCUGUCUGCUUCUCUUUUGCUGAGCGUUACCUGUGCCAGGCCGUGGAGUGUUACAGCACCAGGCCAUCACUGACAGAAACGUUUACUUAACGAAUGUUCUUAAACCAGUGUGUACUUCAAUCGUUUCCUUUUGUUUCUCUGUGUUGUGUAAUUCCUGUGUAUGUGGUUUUGCUUAGGCAGGUAUAACUUAGCAAAGACUUUUAAGUAUUGCACCUUUUUUUGGUUUUGACCUCUUUCCCCCCCACCUCCCCUUGUAAUGUUGCUUUUUUAUUUCGGUAUUUAAAGACUUUUUUUUUUUUUAAAGCAUUGAUGUAGUAGUAUUCUGGGCCGAACAAGGGGCAACGUUUAAUCCACAGUUAUCACCAACAUGUAUGUACUUAUGUUGGAAUGAAAAUGUAUCAAACUGCUUAUUGUGAAGAGAGUUAUAGCAGACCCGAAGAGGGGUGCAAAGCAGAGGGCGGGUGGGGGGAGGGGGACAUAUGUGGGGAUGUACUAGCACUUGUGUGGACAUCCCAGUCUGCAUUAUACUGUUUAACAUAAAGUGCCGACAUUUUGUACCAGCAAAUACCUGCCCAUUCCAACCCUUGGUGGGAGUAGACCUCUACUGUCCUCCAUAACCUGCUGCUAUUGAGGACAAGGGAGUUUUUCUUUCCUUAGCAUCUUCAGUGAAGGAUACAACAAUGCCUAAUGUGUUUGACUUUUAGUUUGUCUGUGUGUAGGAGGGUGGGGGUGUGUAUAGGAAAAGGCAAAAACAAAUGAUUUGCAUUUUAAGUGGUUUUUUGAGACAAAGAAUGGGAAAUUCUGUAGUCCUCUAAGCUUACCCUGUUGAUUUAUAAACCUAGCCUCAAAGGAGAGUGACAGGCACAAUCCAAGUGCACGCUCACACCUCUAAGUCUGUAUGAGCCCUUGGUGGGUAGGUGGUCACACUUGAGUCUGCAGUGCUGGUUUGGCCCUGUUAGAUGCCUUGUUGAAAACUGAGCAUGCCCUCUACCUGCCGUCCAGUUUUCAUCACCACCGUGCCCCUUCCACUGCUGCCCCUGUACAAAAUGUCUCCUUCCAGGCCCCAAUGAUUGUUCUCUGUGUGUGGUGACUGCCCAGUGAAGAGCAGCUUGUGUUCAGACAUCUACAGAAGGCUAAAUCUUAGUGUCGCUGGGCCAGGAGCACAUCCAAGGCUCCUGCAAGCCAGUGGUGACUCUGUCCACUGUCGCUCUUGGCUCACUGCUAUGUCCUGCCCCGCCUUCCUCUCUUCCUGCCUGUUGGUUCCUUGACCUGCACUAUGGGUUAGUUGAGUUCCUUACGAUACUACGGUGAAAGCCGGGUGCUAGAGCCCCUCUUGUUUACAAGACAUAAUGAGGGAUUUGAAAUAUGUAAAAAUAAACAUGAGAAGCUAAAAUGUUCUUCCAUCAUAAGCUUAAAGGGAAAAAAACUAAAAACUUAAAAAAAAAAGACCAAAAAGUGCGUAUAUAUAUAUAUAUACAUAUAAAUAUAUAUUUUAGAUGAAGACUAACUCUGGGAGCAUUUAACAGUGUUUUUUGUUUCUGUUUUUAACAUUUAUUUUCCUGCUUUAAAAUUUGCAAGCAUUCUCAGGAAUUCUAGGGUAGGAAGCCAGUUUUUUGAAGAUGGUUUAUUUAACCGUAUCUUAUCCUAGAUAGACGGCUGUUUCUUUCCUGUUAAUAAAGUUUUACAAGUUCCUGAAACUUCAAAAGUUUAAACAAUUUUUACUUAAAUGUGUAAAAAGAAAAGUCUUCAAACAUUAUUGUCAUACUGGGGAUCACACAUUUUAAAACACAUAGAAAAAAUAUUUUUUAAAAAUUAUCAAUUUAGCAGCAACAGUAAAUUCAUUAUCUUAAAAUAAGGGAGAAGGAUUAAGCUUUAUAAGAGCUCCAGCAUGGAUUCAUUUGAACUUGUGUGUAGUUUAAUGGGAGAGUGUUUGGUCUAUACAAAUGGGAAUGCUAUCACUUUGUUCCUUUCCAUUUAAGACUGAACUGAAAUCUC